AUGGAGACACCGCCGCAGACGUCAACGGGCACGGGCACGGGCAAGGGCAAGGCAACCAAAGUGAAGGCUGCAGAGAAGGGGAAGAUGGGAGAUGAAGCACCGCAGGCGCGACCCACUCCACCAGUCUCGUCGGCGUCGUCGAUGCCUCCUCUUCCUUCGAGUACCACCUCUGCCGAGAAGGACGAAGCGCCAGCAGGAACCAAGAAGACAAAGAAAACAACGACGAAAGUGGUGAAGAAGGUGGUGAAGAAGCCGGCGGCACCGAGCGAUCCCGCCUUUGUGCGGGAGAAGGAGCGCUUCUUCGCCCACUUCCGCACGACCGUCGAGGAACUCCUCAACGCUCACGCUCCGCUCGACAAGUCCGUGACCGGCCGAGCGCGCGAAGUCAACACCAAAGUGCAAGAGAUAUGCGGCGAGUUCCUGGCAGACGCUGAGACGACGCCGGUGCCCACCAAGCAGAUACCCGAGGAGGAGUAUCAGCGACAUCAGCGCGAGGAAGAGGAGAGUCUCGCGCAGAGUCACGCUCGACAAGUGCGGUGCGCCAAGCUCCGGCAGCGAAGCGACCUCUUGCGCAAGGAAAUCGAGCGGCAAAAGAAGGAAGCCGCGCAGUGGGAGGAGGCACGGAAAGUGUACGCCAAGAAGAGCGAGGAGGUCAAGCGGGCGCGGGAGAAGGCCGGCGAGCACGAGGAGACAAUGGCCAAGCGGCUCAAGACGGGCGAGAUCGACUACCCCGAUUUCCUGAGCAAGGAGGACCGAGACCUGCUCCAGCGGCUCAAGUUCACGCCGAUGGACGUGGAGAGGGCCACCCAGACCCUGUCACUACAGGUGGACUACUUGAACGGCACGUUGCGGGAGAUCAAGCAUUUCGACGAGUCGGCGGACCACUAUGUGAGGAGCGCGCUCGCGUCGCACCACCGCCAGUGGCAAAAGGAGCGCGCCGGGGGCGCACUCAUCCGCGACAUCACCAAAUCCACCACCGGCUCGACGUAG